UGUCCUGCGACGCCAUCGAGCGAGACAAACAACUCGCUUCACGACAACUCCACGAAAGCCGUGUUGCUGAAACGAUUCGCGGACACCUAUCCUCAUGAGGAACCCAGGAAAGUCCGGAGGAUACUGGAAGUCGCCUACUUCCGGUCAGGGUCGUCCUUCCUGGGCCAGCUGCUGUCGGCGAACCCACGGACCUUUUAUCACUUCGAGCCGCUGCGGACGCUGACCGCAGGGUCCCGGCUGUCCGGUGAAGCAGCCCUUCGGGGCCUCGAUUACGUGGCGGAUUUCUUCAGCUGCACUUUCGUCAAUCACUCUGACCACCUGCAACUGGCCAUGAAGUAUCCUCACCCGUUCAGGCAGAACACUUAUCUGUGGAGCGUCUGCGCAGGCGUCAAGAAAGUCUGUCUCGAUCCGGAAUUUCUCAACGCUGUGUGCAAGACAGCGCCGACGCAGGUGAUGAAGGUGGUGCGCAUCGGCAUGGACGCCGUGUGGCGUUUUCUACUGGAUAGGCCAACCCUAACUGCGGGAGAAUUCAGCGUGGUUCACCUAGUCCGCGACCCCCGCGCCAUCUGGCUGUCGCGUCAGCGACGCAGCUGGUGCAGUCGUACAGCCAACUGUUCCAGCGCCCACGUGCUGUGCGACGAGAUCGAGCGCGACCUGGACGUCUUUGAGAAGCUUAGCCGAGAGUUUCCCGGCCUGGCGAUACAGGUGCGUCACGAAGACCUCGCUCUGGACCCCUUAAACGUCACCCUGAAGCUGUACGACGCACUCCGAAUGCCUUUCACUACGUCCGUCCGGCAAUUCGUCGAGUCCCACACCAGCGAGACAAACGUCACAGUGCGCCGCAAUCCGUACGCCACCUCCAGGAACUCCAAGGACAUGGUCGACGCGUGGAAACGGAGGAAUCAAGCCUGCCGACUUUAAACGCGUCAACAGGGUGUGCCGACGCGUGAUCAAAAGGCUGGGUUACGAACUCUGACGUUCGCGCAUGGGCGCCUGUAGCCCCAUGACUGCGUACACAUCUCCGACCACUCCGCGUCGCUUGCCAGUAGUACUAGCAGAAACUUCAUUUAUACUAGAUUCCCUGCGUGGUUCAGUCCCGGGCUGGUGCACUCCGGCAGGGCCCUGCAUGGCUUCCACGGCUCGCCGGGCCUGGCCUAUAGAGGGUCGCCAGUUGGCUUCCCGAGUCCAGUUAGGAGAGUCGUGCCUCCCAAGACCAUGCGAUGAGUGCGUGUGUUGUGACUCGUGGUGAGACCGCCUUGCCUGGCCGGUCGGUGCAUUGGUGUCUUAUGCGCGGGAGCAUCGCGGUGUGUUCGUUACACCAGGGACAAGUCCUGGUCGCGUAUCUUCGAGAGCAGGGCCGUUCGGCUGUCGAUGUGAGCACGGCAGCACCACAUCGCACCACACCACAUCGCUACCACACCACACCACACCUCAGCACGCCACACUGUGCACUGGUCCAUUUGGACGCUGCCCAGCUGGAAGAAGAAACCCGGCUGAAAGCGGCACGACAGGCAGCGAAAGCUGCCAGGGAGACAGAGCGCACUGCCCAGAUAAAAGAAGAAAAGCGCCUGAAGGGUGGGGCCAUUUCUCGAGGCGACGCGAAACCCGCGCCGCGGAACUCAGGGACCGCUGGCGUUCAAAAGAGCACUGGCUACCCUGUCUCAGUGCCAAAACAUGACAAUCAAAAGUAUUAUGGUGCCCUGUACCUGCCUUUUGAACGUCUCUAUUGGAAAUGACAAAUAAAGCUUCAGCCUACUAGAAGUUACAGCUUGAGUGAUAUUGGGAACAAACAUUACGAAUAAGUCGAAAGCAAUAUUUUUUGUAACUUGUUUCGGCAGUAAGUAGCGUAUGUAAUGCGGUCCUGUACAUGAGGGUUGGAGGCCAGAUACCGCAUUUUCUUAACGUUUGACUGGUUACCUUGAUGAUCUCGUUUUGUUCUCGCAAGCGAUGUCCAGAUGUUCUCGUUUGAGUACCUGGAUAACGGCUCUGGCUUUUGGCUGAAGGUCUCUUGAAGGUCGCCGACAACGGGUGCUAAUAGCAUUUCACGCUUAAAAGACGUGCCUGCGCAUGCAGUUUGUGACAUAUACGUGCGUCGUUAAUAUGUACAUGUGUGCCUCGGUUUCAAUUACCCAUUUGGUGAAAGUAAGCGCGAUGCUGUUAUUUGUAGAAGUAAUUCAUUUUUUCAACAUUGUUACGUGUACAUGUUCCCGUAAUAACUUUUGUUAUCGUGUUCCUGCGGCUCUUGUGUGCGUGCGUGUUCGUGUGCGCUGUGUUGUUUACGAUUGAGUGACAAAAUUUGUACUACAACAUGAACAUUCGAAUUUCGUGAACGUCUCGGAAACGUGUUCUUGUUGUGUGUAUGUGAACUCUAGUACUGUUGUCACUAUAGUUUUUUUUACAUUCUUUUACAUUACAUUUUGUAGUGUCCAGCACCGUCCAACAGGCACCAACACCUGCUUGAAUACAAUUAUUGAAAGAACCCUCGUUCACACAUACUCACAUCACUAGUCAGUGCAGCAUACAAAUGCC